UCGAAAAUAUCCAAUAAAAUAAAAUGAGCUCAAAGAAAAGCAGCUAAUGGUCACGUGUCGUUUCCCUUUAGGAUUUUGACUCGGCGUAGCUACCGGAGAGAAACAAAAAGCUCUUUUGUUCCCUGGUAUAUUGGCGAUCAACCCAACAUUUAUUUAUUGAUUUCAAUUAUUGCAAAAAAAUUUCAAAUUUCAACAAAAAUAUUAAAAAAAAGGGGGCUAAAAUUUGCCAUUUCAUUUGCUUUUGCAUUUGAGUUUCAUUUCACACCGCUCUCUCCAGCAUUUCCCUUUCUACAACAAAUGAAAAAAUAAAUAAAUAAAUCAUUCGUUAAAAAAACCUAAAUUUUGUAUCCCAGCCUCCCUCUCCAAACAAGAAAAAAAGGGAUAAAAUUGUUCGGGAGAAAAUAGAAGAGAGAUGAAACAUAGAUCGAAAACGAAUCCAAAACCUAAUAUCCGAAGCGCCGUGUUACAAUCCUAAUCCCCAACGAUUCACGGAUUGGAAUCAACCGAUCUUACCGGUUUUAUUUGUUUAUUAUUUUCACGACCGUACGGUCAGUGGUGAAGGUCAAGGGGAAGGGGGGAUCAGGUGAUCGGACGGUGGAGGAGAAGAGAGGAUGCCGUCACAGGGAGACAUAGACCGUCAGAUCGAGCAUCUGAUGGAGUGUAAGCCGCUGUCGGAGGCGGAGGUGAAGGCGUUAUGCGAGCAGGCUCGAGCGAUACUGGUGGAGGAAUGGAACGUGCAGCCGGUGAAGUGUCCGGUAACGGUUUGUGGAGAUAUUCACGGACAAUUUUAUGAUCUAAUAGAGCUGUUUCGGAUAGGAGGCAAUGCGCCUGAUACUAAUUAUCUCUUCAUGGGAGAUUAUGUAGAUCGUGGUUACUACUCAGUUGAGACUGUCACACUUUUAGUGGCCCUGAAAGUCCGUUAUAGAGAUAGAAUCACAAUUCUUAGAGGAAAUCACGAAAGCCGACAAAUAACACAAGUGUAUGGUUUUUAUGAUGAAUGCUUGAGAAAAUAUGGAAAUGCCAAUGUAUGGAAGUAUUUUACCGACCUGUUUGAUUAUUUACCACUCACAGCUCUUAUUGAGAGUCAGAUCUUUUGUUUGCAUGGAGGACUUUCACCAUCUUUGGACACGUUGGACAAUAUUCGAGCAUUGGACCGUAUACAGGAGGUUCCCCAUGAAGGACCAAUGUGUGAUCUUUUGUGGUCUGAUCCUGAUGACCGCUGUGGAUGGGGUAUAUCUCCACGUGGUGCUGGUUAUACGUUUGGACAAGAUAUUGCUGCUCAGUUCAACCAUACAAAUGGUCUCACUCUGAUUUCACGAGCCCAUCAGCUUGUCAUGGAAGGAUACAAUUGGUGUCAGGAAAAAAAUGUGGUUACUGUCUUCAGUGCUCCAAAUUAUUGUUAUCGAUGUGGGAACAUGGCUGCAAUUUUAGAGAUUGGGGAGAAUAUGGACCAGAAUUUUCUUCAGUUUGAUCCAGCACCCCGGCAAGUUGAACCUGAAACCACACGCAAGACUCCUGAUUAUUUUUUGUAAGAUAUAUAUAUAUAUAUAUAUAUAUAUAUAUAUAUACACACACUUCUGCUAGCUGUUUCUAGCUCCCCGUUUGCUGAUGUAUCACUGUAGAUGUAUCUUGGAAGCGAGAGGCUUUUUUGUUGUUUUAAGUUAAGGUUCAUCGACAACAUCAUUCUUUGAUUUGGAGUUUGUCUUGCUGCUUUGUUGAUGUGCUCAGGAAUCACAUAGCAGUACUGAUGAAGGCCCCAAUGGCCUGUUAUCUUGUAUAUUUCUCACAGGAAGGAAUCUGCAAUGACAUGUUACAUCUUGUUCUGUAAUUUUGCACUUUCAAGAUAGAAAGUAGGAUCCCUUUUUUAUUUUUUA